CAAAGAUGGCGUCUGUGUUUUCUUUCCCGUCAUAAAUUACUAUACGAUGGUUGUUCUUUAUUUAAAGCCGAAUUGUGAGGUUACUUCUUAUGGAAAUCUGAAUUGGUAGUUGUAAACUACAGAAGGGUGAUUUUUUGUUUAAUGUGAAAGUGUGAGAUGGAGGAAUCAAAGACGGACUCGAGGUAUUCAGUAGGCCAUGUCAUAUCUAUCAGUAAGAUACAUUGAAAAGAGAUGUCAUUUGGUGGAAAAUCGUUCAAGAGGGAAGAGCUUCGUAUGAAACAAGAGCUUCAAAAGCUAACAAAUCAAUCCAAGAAUGAAUUUGCAGGCUUGAAUCGUAAUGACAAGUCCAAAUUGCUUGAGAGCAGUUCCAAAGCUGUUUUGGCAAAGAAACACCAACCAACGAAACGGGGUCGUCCCACGAAAAGCAAGCGAAAAGCGACAGGUGUAGAAAACAACGAUUCAGAUGGUGAGGUCCCUCCUCCAAGUCCUUCUAUUGACUUAGCUCCGGAGCUGAGAGCAACGCCGGACUCGGAUAUACAUGUAAAGGCUAUCCCUGAAGUGGACUCGUUUGGUGCUGAAUUGAGAAGUUCAGAUUUGAUCUCUCGAUCUACUGGAAUAGUUUCUAUCCGAUCGAAAGUCGACUUGAAUGUUGUAAUGUAUGGAAGGGGACUUCAAGAAGAGACUAAUGCAGGGAUAAAUCCAAGGGAGAAGAAAUCAACAAAACAACCACAAUCAGCUCGAUCCAGAAGUCCCAGAAGUCCCAGAAGUUGCACAAAAUCCCCUCAGGCUCAACCCAUGAACAUUCAAACCAAGAAACCAGCAAUAAUAGGCUCUCAAAGCACUACAGUGGCAGUUCAACUUGCACCUCGCCCACCCCAAAAACAACAGACAAGCUCCAGGGCAUCACACCAGGGAUCAGUGAGAAGUGGUGCUUCCUCUGUCAAGGACAAGGAAAUUUUGAACCCAGGAUCACCCACUGUAGAUAAAGAGGAGGGUGAGGCUGACUCGACAGCUCUUGUGACUGAGGCCAAUUCAGACAAGGAUGACGAGCCAAAGGAGGUGGAGGUCCAUCCAGGGUCAGAAGAUACAUCUGGUGAUACACAUGAUCAAGAUGCUCAUGUAAAAGAUGAUGCUAGAACUGUGCAUGUUGCCUUUGAUUUGGUUGAAAAUAGUGAACCACUUGGAAAAAUCACCAUUGAAAGAAAUAAUGAGCAGGACCCGAAUGGAAAAGCUGAAAAACAUUUUAUCACUUCUGAAGUUUUAAAAACCUCAAUUUCAGCUCCAGCAUUAGCCAGUGGGAGAGUGGCUGUUGACUCUGAGGAAGAUUCAGCAAUUAAUAGGAUCCAUUCAGAGAUUCUUGAGCUGACUAGGAGAAUCAGUCAACCUGAGGUAGGUUUACUGAACUUGAUCAGAGCAACUGAAGAAGCAGAAAAUGAAGCCAAGAGGCUACAGGAGUUGGCUUCUGCAGUUUCUCCAUCCAGAGAAAGCCUGUUACUGCGAGCAUUGGCUGAGCAUGGAGGCGCUGACUUCUCAAUUCAGGGAGCUCUGCGGGGCUUGUCUCCACGUGAUCCAAAGCGGCUGACAUCUACCAAUCCCAUAACACCAAAAAUUCCUAUUCCCACGGCCAAAACUAAGUUGCAGAGUGAUGAAACAGACAAAGCCAGGGGCUCUGCUGCACAGAAAGAAAGCUCAAGCCCAAAGAAGGACAGAGCUGUGACAUUGAACAGUGAGAUGAGUGCUCUUGCUGAGACCAAAGGUCAACCGCUAGAGGCCGAGCUGCUGCAGACUGCUGGUAAAGAAACAGAAACAAGGAGGAGUGAAGUGACUGAGACAGACGUGUUAGGCUCUCCAUCUCUCACACUUUUGAGGCGACAAGGACUUGCCAGUCAGAAAUCUAUGACAUCAGAACAGGCCAUGGAGUGCCUAUCACUCCCAUCUGAAGUGGUUCCAGAAGACAUUGUUAGUAUUAAAGGCCAACAGGUUGAAAUGGUAUCCAAACAGUCUUCUGCACUGGCAACUGUUCCAGAUUCAGAGAAACAGUGGAUUGAUCUCAAACAAGACAAGACUGUGGUGUUUUUGGAAUCGUGGGAAGUGAGGGAAAAGGAGAAUGACCUCAAGCCUGUCAAGACCCACAAUAUCCAUCAUUUCUGUACCAUGCCAUCCAGAGUGGAGCUUCCUCCUCAUAUAUGUAAAUUGACAAGAGAUGAACACACUCGCAGUAAAUAUCGUAAACUGACAGAGAAGACGGUAGAGGUUUUACAGGAAGAAACUGGGUUAGAUGAAACUGUGGAAGAGGAAACUGGAGAUGACAAAGAGCCAGUUGAGCCAGAGAGACCAAGAAAAGCUGGGCAGCAGCGACGGUGGUCAUUGGUGGCCCAAAGGAUUUUGGAUGAAGCUUUGGUGGCUGGGGAUGAUGAAGAGACUUUUAAAAGGUUGAAGAAAGCUUCAGAUAAUUUGUUCUCAGCUGAACAAGAACAAUCACUUGAUGUGGUUGGUGUUAAAAUGGAACUGAAAGAUGAUAGCUCAAGACUCUACUGGACUCCAGCUCCACCCAAAAUGAACCUGGCGCCCGCCACUAUUAAGUCACAGCUCUACCCAGAAUAUCAGGGUGCAUCAUUGUUGCAGGAGAGCCUCGGUGCAGACCUCCGCACUGCCACAGGAAUGGACAGUGAGGACAAUAAUGAAACUGAGGCUGAAAUGGAAGCAGAAGGCAUAAGAGCAAGGUACAGAGUUCUUAGCCGAGCACACGAGUCCAUGACAGAUCUAAGAAAGCUUGUGGCUGAAUCGGUAGAACAUAGACCAAAAACUAAUUUAGGAGGGGAGGGACGUGCUGAUCGCUUCAGUGUGCAGCUUGAAGGAAAGGGCGAGACUGAGAAACAAGGCAGCCCGAGCAGAUUUGUGUCUGUGCUUGACAAGAGAAGGCAUGACAAUAAAGAAGACGACUCAGACGAAAGAGAUGAAGAGGAAACUGUAGCUGAACACGAAGAGGAGAAGGGAUUCGCCAUCUUUAGAUCGGCGUCACAUCCUUUGUUAUCUAUUGGUGACAAGGACCUGAAAGUUCAAGCAGGUUAUGACGUCAGCAUGAAUGAGUUGAAUUACCAGCGUGAACAAGUCGCUACCAUUAAAGACAGACAGCAAGAAAAACAGGAAACUGAAGACAGCAACCCCCCUCAGGAAAAGUCAUCCUCAGCCGCAACGAAAACUACUCACCCCGAGAACAGUACUGUUUUGGACUUGUCUCACGAGUUUGAUACUGAUGAGGGAAGGACCGAGGCAGGUGAUAGCAUGUCGAUACAAACAGGCACAACUGGUCAAACAGGCACAACAAGCCGUAGGAAGUUCAAUCAGCGACGCAGAGUGAAGAAGAAGACAAAGAAAGAGUUGGAAAGAGAACGGGCGAUAAGAGAAUUCUUGAAUCAACCGGCAAGGAGAUUAACCAGACGUAAGUCACUCACUGAUAUGAGAUUUUUAGCCGAAGAAACAACUACAGAGGGAAGGGAAAGCAUUAGUAUAAGGGCUGAACUGAUAAGAGUUAGUAGCGAACCUGCAAUUUUCGACUUCGACAACGUUUUCAAAAACGAGUUCACUGGAUCAGACGAAGAAAACUUUGAUGAAGUACGUGAACGUCUCUGGUAUGUUUGGUUCGACGAAGUUUAUCCCCCUACACCUGCUGUGCCUGAAAUAAAAUUUGAUCUGCAGAGUUUUGCAUCUCCCAGACCACCAACACCAAGCAAGUCCUCAGCGGUUGUUAUUGACAAUAAUAUCUUGGACGAUAUACAAGUUAUUGAGCCGGAGAUUCAAAGCUCAGACCAAGAAUUGUACCAAGCUCUUCAAGAGGAAGUUGACCGACUGACUGUUCUGUUAGACACAAUCCAAGGAAAGGAAUCUUUAGCCAUCCAUUUAUGCCGACGGGGCGCUGUUUACCGAAAGCUUGGACAUAUAAAGAAAGCUUGGGAUGACUUAAACAGAUCUAUUGAACUGGAGCCGAAACUGCUUGACGCGUACUGGCACAGGCAUCUGCUGCAUCUUCUACAAGAUAACAGAAAGUCAGCUCUGGAGGACUUGUCUUUCAUCAUCAAGAACAGCAGCAGUCAAGCCCGUGCGUUUCGAUCCAGGGCAGAAUUAUAUCGGCAAGAAAAUGAUGCAACAAUGGCCAUCGUCAAUUACUCCCAGGCAAUCAAGUUGAAUCCUGAUGAUGCUGAGACGUACUACCAGAGAGCAGCCAUGUUUAAAAUGCGUGGUGAUUUGAUUCUAGCUCUUGAGGAUUAUAAAAUUGCAGCAAAGCUUUUGCCUUCGAAGACGGAUGCCAUGUUCGAGAUAGGCCUCUUUCGUUUUAAAAACGAAAAUUGGACUGCUGCUCUUAGAGAUUUUACAGAGAUUCUCGAGCAGGACCCAAAGGACUCAAAGGCUUAUACUUACAGGGCAAGAGUUCACGCCAAGAUGGAUGACUUUGAGGCUGCAUUGAAAGACCUUGCUGCUGCUGUCCAUUAUGAUCCUAACAAUGCAGUGGCAUUCUACCACAGAGGAUGUUUAUUGAGAAAAGUUCACCCACGGAGAGCUCUACAGGAUCUCAGUGUGUCUCUUCUUCUGGAUAAUUCUGAAGAUAAUGUCAAAGCUUUUCUACAUCGAGGAAUUUUGUACACUGAUUUGAAAAGAUGGGAAGAUGCUGUUCCUGAUUUUGAAGCUGCACUUCAACUGGAUUCCAAUUUAGCCAGUGCGCAUGUCAAUGUCGGUUUGAUCUGCAUAAUCAAAUACAGUAAUUACCAUAAAGCUGUUCGUCGAUACACAGCAGCCAUUCGAGUGGAUCCGACAUACAUCAGAGCUUACAUCUGCCGAGCAGAAGCUUAUCACAAACUCCACAUGACUCAAGAUGCCAUCUUGGAUUACACAAGAGUCAUUCACAUGAGACCGGAUGUGUCAGACUACCACAUGGCGAGGGGAAAGUUGUUAUUGGAGGAAAACAAGUUAGAGCUUGCAAGUUUCCACGUCAGGCAAGCUGCAGACUUGAACCAGGGACUUGGAGCAUCGGCGACUCAACAAGCUGUAGUUCAGAGCUUCUUGAAAAAUUUCGAUCAGGCCAUUGAAGUUCUCGAACGAGCCACCCGCGUGAAACCUAUAGCACCAUUAUUCAUUUUAUUGGGUAAGACCAACAUGAAGGCCAAGAGAUUUGAGAACGCCAUCAGGAGUUUUGAAAGAGCCAUCGCGAUCAUGACUCCGUGGAAUCCUCGAAUGGAAAUGCCAAUAGAAGCUGCAUCUGUUCAUUUCCUGAUUGGCAUGUGUCAUUCAGAGCUUGGAAGGCCACUUGGUGCUCUGGACGCUUUUAAUAAUGCUAUUCGAGUGAACCCCGAUUUUUCCGAGGCUUUCUAUCAGCGCGGACUGACAAAGAUGAAGUUGAAGCACGCAAAAGGAAUCCAUGAUUUUAACCGAGCAUUGGCCAUUAAGCCAACACUUUUCCAGGCAUUUUUGAGUCGAGCAGCUUACUAUGGUAUGAAGGGACGCUACAGUAAAGGAAUCAUGAGCUGUAAUGAGGCCAUUAAGCUCCAACCCCGCAGUGUUAGGGCCUACCUUUACAGGGGAGCGUUGAAGUACAACAUCAAAGCUUUCAGUCUAGCGGUUAAGGAUCUUACCGAAGCUGUGGCAAUCGACUGCAAAUGCUCACUGGCUUUCUUCAACCGUGCUGUGUGCUACCAUGAAAUGAGAUUCUUUCAGAAGGCGCUAAUGGAUUAUGGAACAGUAAUGCUACUUGACGAUUCUCCCAAUAUUAAGGUUCUGCAGAAUCGAGGAUUGCUUUAUUACGAUAUAGAUGACAUGGAAAAUGCUCUACAAGAUUUCCUGGCUGCUGCAAAGGUGUCGCCAAGCAACCCUCAUAUACGUCACACACUGGGUCUUUGUUAUCACAAGUUAAAUCGCUUGGAGGAAGCUGUUUCGUCAUACAACGAUGCUCUUCGUAUUGAUCCGUUCUUCGUUGAAGCGUACAAUGGACGUGGAAAUGCUCUGAUGGAUUUUGGACAUGAAGAUGGAACUAUUCUGGGAAGACAUGAUUAUUUGAAGGCUCUUCACGUGGACCCACUGUGUUUAUCUGCGCGAGUGAACUUGGGCUACAAUUUGCAGGUUGAAGGAAAGUUUCAGGCGGCAUGGAACCAAUUUUCCGCUGCGAUAUCCAUUGAUUCAGCAUGCCAGUCAGCUUUGGAAGGCCGCGCCGUUGUGAACUUACAGAUGGGAAAUACGUUUGGUGCAUUUGUUGAUAUGAAUGACGCUAUAAAGAUUUCUAAGACUGCGGAAUUGUUAACUAAUCGCGGAGUGGUUCAGCAGUUUAUGGGAGACUUCGUGAAUGCCAUCCGUGAUUACCAAGCGGCAGUGAAAACAGAUCCAUCGUAUGCUCUCGCUUAUUAUAAUGCCGCUAAUGUGUACUUCAGACAGAGGCAAUUCAAGCAGGCACUAACCUACUACGACAAGGCUUUGUCUUGGUAUUCUGAAGACGAAUCUGCAGUACUUAACAGAGCUAUCACGAAGGUGAUGAUAAAGGACACCCGAGGAGCAAUACAAGAUUUCAACCGAGCAGGUAAUAUAUGAGGCACGACAAGGUGCACUCUGGAUCAAGUGAUGCAAGCCCUGGUUAAAUCAUCAGUGUCAUAUUCUUGCACAAAACAUUUUACUGUGACUGUGCUUUUCCGACCUAAGGGUAUAGAUGAAGACCGGUUAAAUUUCCAAGAAACUUGAUGCAAUACUUGUGGGUAACCUUG